CUAACCCACGAGACCAAAACCUUCUCCAAACCAAAAAAGUUUUUUAAGUUCUCCUUUUGGGAUUCGAAGAUGAGAUGUUCAUGGCCGACACGCUUCACCUUCUUGAUGGUCCUCACAGUCGUCAUCGCCAUGAUUGCCGUAGCUUAUGGAUACUCCUCUGUUUCAUCAUCAAAUCAUAAGUUUCCUCAUUACAAGUACAAAGCCCCACUUCCUCCAACGACUUAUUCUCCUUACCGUUACUUCUCCCCGCCUCCACCUCCUCCGGUUACAGAUUCAGAUUCUGCAGCGUAUGCUCGAUGAUCGCAGCGUAGUACGUCAAUUUUUGGGGUUUUUCUUCCUUCUCAUAUGUUUGCUAUUCUAUUUUACUUUUCCUUUUGGAUUUUGAUGUGUAACUAAAUUAAUUAAUGACUAGUUUUCUAAAGUAACGUGAGAAAGGUAUGUACGAAAUCGAUUGCUUAAUUAUGUGAGAUUGGUAAUUAUCAGAAUUAUUGCAGUAGUGUCUACUAGUCUAGGUAGAUGCGAAACUAAUGAAGUAAUUACUUGAUUACAUUACAACUUUGUAAUGCAUAUUUAAUUAUUUAUGAGCCAUGUUUGAU